AUGCUGGGCGAUGAGCUCCAGGCAUCCUCCUCGCGCAAAUCUGUCAGUUCUGCACACAAACCGACAUCUCCGAAGAUCGAAACCUUCGAACUCUCAGAGAAGGAGCAUCCUUACAUACCAGUCAGCACAACCAAGAUCUUAGGCAAAUUCACACGAGAUCCGCCACCCGAACACUCGAACGCUGAGCUACAAAAGCUUCGUGCCCGUGUUUCGCAACACAGCGAGAUCGCCGAAGAUGUGCGAAAAUGGGCCAAGAAUCGUGAGAGUAGCACGCUGUUUAAAGUCCUCUUACGUGCUGUUUUCUGGAACGAUGUGAAGGUGAACAUGCCUGCGGAGCAGAAAUUGCUCAACACUAUACAUCAUUUCUUUCCACCCCGAGCAGACAUCAAGGUUGUGGUAUGCGAUUUCGGUGACGGCCGAGCGCAACAGCAGAGCGUACGUCUUGGUGAUCUGGAGAAAGCCCUCUUCUUCCAUACCGGAUCCAAAGUGAUGGGCCGCCCCUUUGUAAAGGCAGGCCGCGCAGGUUGGCCAUAUCUUGAGCUCGAACAAUUCGAUCUCCGAAGCACGCGCUCGAUACAGGACUCGCGCGACAUACUACGAAUCCUUAAAUCCGUGCCUCAAGUCACCAGCAAGAUAGAUGCUCAAGUCUUCGACGGAGACAACAACGACAACCUCGUCAAGGAUGUUACCUGGAGAGCUCAAUAUGUCGGCAAAAGCUUUCUACUCACCAUGUCGCCGGCCGCAGGUGUCGAUUAUCUGAACGCAAACAUGCAACACUACUUGCAUACACCCCCCGAAGAGCUCAAAGAAGACAACUUCGCCUCCUGUGUCUCUCACAUAUACCGCGAGUUUUCCGAAACUGGCACAGAUACGUGGCGCAGGAAAAACGCUGAAUGGUUUUUGGUGUACCUGGUCACGGAACUUGGGACGACGCCACACAAUAUUCGACAAGGGUACAGCGUACCUUCGCUGAUGGAUGCUUAUGAUGCUAUCGUCCACGAACUGAAAGAGCGCAGAUACGACCGUUGGCAGCGCAACGAGACCAUAAAUCUAGUGCGCGCCUAUCUCGUCUGCAUAGACGAGUUGACUGUGCUUGGCGAGAUCUUCUCCAAGAAGCUCGACUUCUUUAGACGUCUUCAGAAAGACUGUGAUCAUUUCGAAGAGCUCGACAAUGAUGCGGGCCUACCUCCUGACAACGACAAUGGCGAGACGACGUCAGAGCGGAUUGGGUUUGCAGAGCACAUCAUGGAAGAAUCGACAGCCACGUGCAAAAGACUCACUGCCGAUCUUCGUGACUCACUCAACUCACUUUUCCAACUGCGCUCAAUCGAGCAAAACGAACUCGCUAUCAUCGCUGACACGCAGCACAAAGCCAUCUUCGUCUUUACCGGAUUCACCAUCGUCUUCCUCCCACUCUCGUUCUUUACAUCAUACUUUGGCAUGAAUCUGAAAGGUAUCAUUGACACUGAUAAGACACAGGAGUACUACUGGAAGGUGUGCGGCAGUGUGGCAUUCGGUAUUGUGUUACUGGAGGGUUUUGCUGUCUGA